AUGCUUGAUGGAACUGUAGGUUCCUCCUACUUUGAUAGAUUCAAUUUGAAGUGGAAACUUUCCAAUGAUAGAAAUUUGAGGUCAGUCGCUCUACAAACUUUCAUAAGAGAGAAGGAGAUCAACUAUGAUCGUUUCUGUUGCUUGUAUUGGCCUCGCUUCAGUAGUCAGUUGACCAAGAAUCUUGAUUCUUCAAGGGUCUUUACGGAAAUAAUCUCUCAUAUAAAAGGAGGGCUACAAGCAGGGGAUUUUCAUGACGGGAAGCUAAACAGAGACGCCUAUAUUUCGAUGUCUGAAUAUCGGGUCUCCAAUAUAAGUGCGGAAAAAAGAAAUGGAAUUUAUGAUAUUUUCCGAGCUUAUGAAGAGAUGAAGAUGGAGCGUGGUGAAUUUGAUAUAUCUGAUGUAGUUAAUGAUCUCCAUCAUCGGCUAAAAUGUCAUAAUUUGGACGGUGACAAGAUAGACUUUGUGUAUAUUGAUGAAGUUCAGGAUCUAACAAUGAGACAGAUUUCUCUUUUCAAAUACAUUUGUAGGAAUGUUGAAGAAGGCUUCGUUUUCUCUGGGGAUACGGCCCAGACAAUUGCAAGGGGAAUAGAUUUUCGGUUUGAAGACAUAAGGAAUCUAUUCUACAAUGAGUUUGUCAUGGACUCAAAGGGUGACAAAGCUGCCAAAAGAAAAGAUAAAGGACACUUGUCAUGUGUUUUUCAGUUGCUUCAAAAUUUCCGCACACAUACUGGUGUACUCAAACUUGCUCAGAGUGUGAUUGAUCUGCUUCGUCAUUAUUUCCCUCAAUCUGUAGAUGUCUUGAAACCCGAGACAAGUCUUAUAGAUGGUGCGGCUCCAGUGUUGCUCAAGCCCGGAGAUGAUGAAAAUGCUAUUUUAACUAUUUUUGGGAAUAGGGGCAAUAAUGUUGGCAAAAUAGUAGGCUUUGGUGCGGAACAGGUAAUAUUAGUACGUGAUGAAUCUGCUAAGAAGGAAAUCUUUGGUUUAAUUGGUCAGAAAGCUCUUGUUUUGACCAUUGUGGAAUGCAAAGGGCUGGAAUUUCAGGCAAGUCUUCUGCUUGCUUGUUGUGCUUAA